UGUCGAUGUUUUCACUUACACUCCGUUUCCAGACAUAACUAUUUCAAGGGUGGAGGACCUACAAUUUCCCUUUAGGGAAGCUCCCUUGAACUUAAUGGGUUAUCCGGUUCGAUCGUACGUAACAAAUGAUGCACCACGAGCAUUCAAAUACAUCAAUCGACAUGGAAAAACAGUUUACACAGGAUACAGCUUCAAAGUGGUUCUAGCCCUUCUAGAGAAACACAAUGGAACAUUUGUUGAGAUUUUCUACAACAAAACGAAAAUUGUUGACGGCUCAGUGCAACAUCGUAUGCUUGUGGACAGAGAAAUCGAUAUUGCAGUACAUCCUUAUGUAUUAAUGGGAGGGAUACUAUCCGUCAGUUAUCCGAUCACCCCAAUUGACGUUUGUGUUGUGGUACCAGCGCCUCAAGAAAUUCCAGCUUCUCUGUACAAUGUUCUCCCGUUUGACAGAACUGUUUGGUUCACUAUCUUCGGUUCCAUUUUAAUUUUCUUUUUCGUACACUUAAUGGUGAAGGUUACCUCAGGAAAACCUAUUAAUUAUGUAGAAGAUAUUAUCGGCAGCGUGGGAAUCAUCAUCGCAAUGACUCCAGAAAUCGAAAUUUACACUCGUUCCUGGCAGAAUAGGAUCAUUUUCGUAUUUGUUGCAGCUUACGGUCUGAUACUGGUAAGCCUGUAUCAUUCCACUCUGACGAGUCUUUAUACCAUUAAAAUUUAUGGAAAAGGAAUGGAGACUCUAGAAGAUAUAAUGAAAGCUAAUAUAUCCAUUAUGGUUCUUGACACCGAGUGGAUGCCUCUAAGGAAUGCAGUUGAGCCUGAGAAUUUUCAAAAGCAAUUUAUUCCAACUGAAGAAACCGUUUUCAUUGGUCAUCGAAACUAUUUCAACACGAGUUUCGGUUACGUCUCAGCUUCGGAUAGAAUGGAGUGGCUCCUAGAACAACAAACAUAUUUUGAACGUCCUUUAUUCAGUCCACCAAUAUAUUGCUUCAUACCUACUUGUCUGAGGAUCGGAAUGUCACCUUUAUCACCAUACGAGGAAGCUCUGGACAGAGUGAUCUUACAGACCUUUCAGACAGGUUUACGAGAUAAGUGGUUGAAGGAGACAUUUGAUGAUACCGUUUAUGCUGGUAUAGUAAAAAGGAUGAUUGUGUCACGAAGUAAAUACAAACCAUUGGUUUUGGAGAAUCUGGAAUACUUUUGGAUUUUUUGGGCUUUCGGGAUGAUUCUGUCAAUGAUCUCUUUUAUAGUUGAAACUUCCUUAACUGGGCACCUUGUUCAUGACAUGUAAACCAAUCUAUCUAGAUGCAUAGUAUCCAGCACUCAGUAGUUAUUGUAUCACUCAGUUUAAAUCAUACUUUUUAUUUUGGUGAAGCACAAUUG